AUGUAUGCGGAUUGUGGGGAUUCUGAAUCAGCCCACAUUCUGUUGGACAAAAUGCCACAACCAAAAGUGUUUGCUUGGACUGCAAUCCUUUCGGUUUAUUGGCGGCAUGGAAUGUCGGAUGAGUGCAUUGGGUUUUUUUGUGAGAUGAAAGUGAAGGGUGCAAUUCCUUACAGAAUUUCAAAUCAAGUCUACAAAGAUGUGGUCACUUAUGGAGCUGAAUUGAAUUUACAAGUUCGCAGUUCUUUAAUUGAUGUUCGAAAUACGGCGACAUUGAGAGUGCUUGACGGGUGUUUAGCCAAAAUGGUCUUUGGAUUUGUUGGGUCAAAGAGGUUGGAAGGUUUUGUGCCUGAUUUAGUCACCUGGAACAUGGCAAUGGACGUUUAUUACAGAAUGGGGCAGUGUGAUGAGGCUUGGAAGAUUUUUGAACAGAUUGAAGAGCCUAAUAUCAUUUCUUGGACCACAUUGAUAUCAGGUCAUUCAAGGAUCGAGAAGCAUGAAGUAACCUUAGCGAUUUUUAUGGAUAUGGUUAGGAGGGGUGAUGGUUUCCCUGAUUUGGAUUGUAUUUCCAGAAUCAUUGUCUCCUGCUGA